GAGAAACCUGAGAUUGAGCGCUACUCGCCCGAAGAAGAAGCCGCACUGCUCGCGGAAUCAAACACUCACAAGACGACCGGCAACAACCUAUUUGGAAAGGGCUCCUACGAGAACGCUGUUCAGAACUACGACCGGGCAUUAUCAUCAUGUCCGAACUACCUAGACUAUGAACUUGCUGUCCUGCGAUCCAAUGUCGCAGCUUGCCAUCUGAAGCUCUCAGAAUGGAAGGAAGCUGUAGCCAGCGCAGAGAAGGGUAUAGACUGUCUCGAACGGCUUGAGCCUCUUCCACGGACGAAGAAGCCGAGAGCGCAGAAGGGCACCGUUGAAGAGGUCGAUGACGAUCUUGCUGCUCGGAUCGAAAACCUUCAAAAGUCCGGUCACACGAUAGAUGAAGUUCGGCGACUACAGAUCAAACUGCUGAUGCGGAGGGCAAAGGCACGUACCGAGUUGGGGGGCUGGGCGGCAUUGCAGGGUGCGGAGGAAGAUUAUACGACACUGCUGAACCCGGCAAUGGCUGCGGUGCUGACGGCGACGGAUAGGAGAACUGCCGCAGACGCGCUCAGGAACUUGGCCCCCCGGUUGAAUACGGCACGUGAAGAAGAAAUGGCCGAGAUGAUGGGGAAGUUAAAGGGCCUCGGUAACAGCAUUCUGAAGCCUUUUGGCUUGAGCACCGAGAACUUUCAAUUUACGAAAGACCCCAGCAGCGGCGGGUACAGUAUGAACUUCAAUCAGAGUCCAGGCAGGAAAUAA